GUAUCCUAGCAACAAGAGGCGGCAAGAGGAUGUGGGGACCCGGAAGUGAGAGGCCGGGGCCCGGCUAGACCUGGGGUGGAUUGGUUUCUAUAUCUCGCUGAGGGUUCCCACUUGGCCUUCAGUAAGGGUCAAGACGCAGGGACUUGUACCAAAGGGGAGCAAAGCAGGGCUCUGCCCGAGGCCCCUAGUACCUCCGUCUCCCAAUGUUGGAGGAAUCCGACACGUGACGGGUGGAAAAGCCCUCACUGAAUAGAAGAACUUUGUAAGCUCCGAAGAUGCCACCCGACCUGCCUUCCCUGAUGCUGCGGCUUGUGAUCCUGCUGCUGCUAUCCCAGGCAGAAGCUCGCUCCUUCGUAGUGGAUCGGCAACAUGACAGAUUCCUCCUGAAUGGGGUCCCGUUCCGCUAUGUUUCUGGGAGCCUGCACUACUUUCGCGUACCGCCGGUUCUUUGGGCUGACCGGCUUCUCAAGAUGCAAUUGAGUGGCCUCAAUGCUGUGCAGUUUUACGUGCCCUGGAACUACCAUGAGCCAGAGCCUGGGAUCUAUAACUUUAAUGGCAGCCGGGACCUCAUUGCCUUUCUGAAUGAGGCAGCUAAAUUGGACCUGUUGGUCAUACUGAGACCAGGACCUUACAUCUGUGCUGAGUGGGAGAUGGGAGGUCUCCCAUCUUGGUUGCUUCGAAACCCUAAUAUUCAUCUGAGAACCUCGGAUCCUGACUUCCUUGAAGCUGUGGACUCCUGGUUCAAGGUCUUGCUGCCAAAGAUAUAUCCAUUUCUCUACCACAAUGGGGGCAACAUCAUUAGCAUUCAGGUGGAGAAUGAAUAUGGUAGCUACAAGGCCUGUGACUUCAAGUAUAUGAGACACCUGGCUGGCCUCUUCCGUGCAUUUCUAGGAGACAAGAUUUUACUCUUCACCACAGAUGGGCCUCAAGGACUCAGAUGUGGCUCCCUUCAGGGACUCUAUACCACUGUCGAUUUUGGCCCAGCUGACAAUGUGACCAGAAUCUUUUCCCUGCUUCGGGAGUAUGAACCUCAUGGGCCAUUGGUGAACUCUGAGUACUAUACAGGCUGGCUGGAUUACUGGGGCCAAAAUCACUCCACACGGUUCAGUGCAGCUGUAGCCCAAGGACUAGAAAAAAUGCUCAAGUUGGGAGCCAGUGUGAACAUGUAUAUGUUCCAUGGAGGUACCAACUUUGGAUACUGGAAUGGUGCCGACGAGAAGGGACGCUUUCUUCCAAUCACUACCAGCUACGACUAUGAUGCUCCCAUCUCUGAAGCAGGGGACCCUACGCCUAAGCUUUUUGCAAUUCGAGAUGUCAUCAGCAAGUUCCAGGAAAUUCCCUUGGGACCUUUACCUCCCCCCAGCCCCAAGAUGAAGCUUGGACCUUUGACUAUGAGGCUGGAUGGGAAUUUGCUGUCUUUCCUAGACUUUCUCUGCCCCCAAGGCCCCAUCCAUUCAGUUUUGCCAUUGACCUUUGAGGCGGUCAAACUGGACCAUGGCUUUAUGUUGUACCGGACCUAUCUGACUUAUACUGUUUUAGAACCAACACCAUUCUGGGUGCCAAAUAAUGGAAUUCAUGACCGUGCCUAUGUGAUGGUAGAUGGGGUAUUGAAGGGUGUUCUGGAGCGGAGUUUGAAACAAGAACUGUAUUUGACUGGGAAAGUAGGGACCAGGCUGGAUAUAUUGCUAGAGAAUAUGGGGAGGCUCAGUUUUGGAUCUAACCACAGUGACUUCAAGGGCCUGUUAGAGCCACCACUUCUGGGGCAGACAAUCCUCUCUGAGUGGAUGAUGUUCCCUCUCAAGGUGGACAAGCUUGUAAAAUGGUGGCUCCCCCUGCAGCUGAUGAAAAGAGCCCAGCCUCAAGCUCCCUCUGUCCCUGCCUUCUAUUCCGCAAAGUUUCCAGUUUUAGGCUUACUUGGGGACACAUUUCUCUAUCUACCUGGAUGGACCAAGGGCCAAGUAUGGAUCAAUGGGUUUAACUUGGGCCGGUACUGGACAAUGCGGGGUCCACAACAAACCCUAUAUGUGCCAAGACUUCUGCUGUCUAGUAGAUCAAUCAACAAAAUCACAUUGCUGGAGCUAGAAAAUGUGCCUCAUGACACCCAAAUCCAAUUUUUGGAUAAGCCUAUCCUCAAUAGUACUUUGCACUGGGGGUAUAACUAUAAUCUCUCAGAAAUACAAGAUCCCUAUGAGCCAAUGGAGUUAAGUGGGCACUGAAAGAAAGAUGACCCUGGAGUCCGGGACACAGAGCAGGAUCCUUUGGUGAUGGCCACAGUGACCAUAAAGAAUCAAAGGCUAUAAUCCCUCUGAGUGUAAGUACACACAGUUUUCUUGCCAAAGUUUAUUGUGAUUAAAAUUCCAAAG